AUGGAACACCUUUUGUUGCCAGGGCCACUGAUGGGUUGCGUUCUACAAGGUGUGAAAAACUUGGGAAACGCCGACCCGCAGCUCCCAUCCCACAACACAUCUCCAAUUGGUCAGUGGCAAGUUCGACAAAGUACCAGGACUGACGACCCAAUCGGCUCCGAUACCAUCAGUAUCCGACGCAUUGAACCAGAGUCGGCCAGGGCAGCUCAGCUCAGCUCAGCGCAACGGAGGAGCGACAGUGGGUUUCCCCGUCUCGAGAUAGAAUAA